AUGGCUGUGAUAAAUCAUUUACAACGUGUAUCAAGCUUAAUAAAAAAAAAAAAAGAAAAAAAAAACGUAUGUAUAUCAUUUGCAGAAUGAUAAGUUCGUAGAAUUAUGGCCUUUUAACCUAGGUGUGUCUCGUAAUUGGACGUGUAAUUGAUGUCCUGUUAAUGGAAAGACGAAUUAAACGAACGAGAUAAUCUGAUGUACAUGUAGUAUUCCUGUCAAGGUACGAUGUAUUUUCUAACUUUUAAUCGAAAAUUCGAGAAAGAUUAAAUAAAUGUAAGCUCGUUUCGAAAAAAUAUUCGAACAUUUCUAACGAUAAAUUUUAUUUUACACAUGAUAUUACGUAACGUAUAAGAAAACAAAAUAUAUAUUAUAAUAGUUACCACGAUUAAAUAUUUAGAAAAGAUGAUCAUGACUGUGACUAGUUUCAAAUGAACAACGAUAGAUACUGAAGAGAAACUCCUUUGUAAUGAUAUACAAAGUUAAGCAGAAUAUAUUUUUUUAUCUUAUUUUUUUGAUGAAAUAGUUUCUCGAAUUUUUCUUUAUCUGAACUUUUGCUCGUAUACAUGUGUACAUUUCUUCUUUUAGAGAGCAACGUAAUGGGAAUACUGGAAAAAAACAGAAAUUGCGUGCGAACGUUGAACAAGCGUGGUACGUUAUUCUAAUCAAUUUAAUGUACUGUCCUUAAUUAAUAAAAACUUAACGCAGAAUUUAGUUUCGUCACGUUAAGUAUUAUGAGAUUUUCAUUACUGAAAUAGAAUCCGCCUCCUUUGGCAAAGUAGAGGGUUCUUCAAGAAUUCAAGAUCACCAAGAGAGUCAUAUACGUUUCGCAAAAACGCUUCGUUGAAUAUUUAGGUAAAUCGGAAUAUUUAGGUAAAUCGGAAUAUUUAGGUAAAUCGAUAAAGUAUUUUAAGCUUAAUAAUUUCGUGAUCGAUGGAUUCAAUUAAUGCAAUCUUCUUUUCAGUCGCAUUGAGAAAUUUAGUAGAACACAAAGUAAAAAUUAGGAUGAUUAAUCAUGAAUAUAGAGCAACGUACCAUUCAUAAAAAUGGCGCUUUUUGUCGUUUAUUUAAUAAAAUAUGUAAGAACAAAAAUAUUAUUGUAAAUCACAUAGGACAAAUUAGAUACUUGUUCUUACUAAAAUAGUAAGAAUUUAAAGAUUUGUAUUAAUUUCAUUCAGAAUGAUUAAAAACAUCUGAGGUACAAUAGAGUCCUAUGAUUUUAUAUUAUAAUUUUAUAUUAAAUUUUAAUUUAAUUCUAUGUUAUUUAUGUAGAUACUUUAUCGGUCGGUGGAAAAUUGACCUAAUGGAUAAAGUGGACGACGCUGGAACAAUCGUUGCAUGCGAGCUGCUUAUCUAUGAUUGUUCGUUUCCCUGCCCUUUCUUCAAUUGCUCAUACCGCGCGACCCCUCUUGGAAGCGUCAAAAUUUUGAAAGACCUGUUAUUGCCUGCUGGAAACCACGUUGGCGCCGUUAUGUCGUGCAUUAACAUCGUCCGCGGAAGCGUGCAUGUGCAUAGUGAUGGCAUUGAUCCUCUUCUUCUCAUCCCCCACGUGGUAUCAACAGCCUCUAGAAAAAAAUGUGGCCACUUUGUGA